AUGGUUGAUUUAUUGCGUAGUAGUUUGUCUCAGUUAAACGACGGCGCGGAACUGCCUUACAAUGGUAGCAGUGAUAUUGAGCGACGAUUGCUUAGUGGGUCGGUAGAUGAUGAGGAACCCGGGCCAAGUGAGUUAUCACCGGCACCACAACUGCUUGAGCUUGGGGACUUGUUGGGCUCACGCAGUGGCGGGUUCUCGAGUGCACCCAGCCUCACCGUACUGAUGUCGGCGGCGGAGGUGGAAGUAGCUAAAAGUGUGCAUGUUGCCCUUUCCAUUUCAUCCACCAUGGAAUGGGCUAUUCUUUACCGCCAGCUACGGCAACGUCUCUGUAUCGGACAGGUGCGUCAAGUCGAUUUCAGUGAUGUAAGUUUAGACAACGUACAAUGGAGUUGGCUGUGCCAAACUAUGCUGCCGGCCAUGCCAAAUCUAGUGUCACUGCGGUUGGUGCGGAUGGGAGUAACAGAUAGAAAACUGGCGGAGCUUCUACGCCACUCCCUUGCGUACGCUGUCGGUCGCAAACCCGGUCCGUCUGCACGACGGGUAGAUCUACCCACUGUCCGCGGUAUUCUGCCCCCCUUAGGGGAAAAAACCAUCUCCAGUAGCGACGACUUGGUUCCCAGGAGAAAUGAAAUAUUGUCAGCAUCCCGCAAUGGGGUGCGUGGGUACGGCCCCCUUCGUGGGUUACGCAUACUUGAUUUAAGUGAAAACCACCUUACGCAUCGUAGUGCUACGCUUAUUGGUAAACUUCUCCUUUGGUCGGCGGACACAUUGGAUGAGCUGCGUCUCAUGGGGAAUAAUCUUCAAGAUUAUGGAUUCCAGAUAUUGAGCAUAUAUAUCUCUCGGUUGCGGUUGGCAUCGCUCCGCGGGGAACCACACCUCUUCCCACCGAAUCUCGUGCGUUUGUAUGCGCAGCUUGUUGAACGGGAGAAAGUAGUUGGAUCUCAACCUUAUUUGCAAGAGGAGGUGCAAUCACCGACGUAUUGUCCGUCCUUUUUAGGGGAUUGCAAAACCCCUACCGAUGAUGCUGGGGCAAGGAAGGAUAGCAGUGGGGAUGAAUACCCUUCUAUCCAUUUAGGGGUUUCGCUACUAGACGUGAGGAAGUGCCAAGCAUCGCCUCGUGGCAUAUCAGAGCUUCUAGCGGCGGCGAGUGCUGCCCACCGUUUGAGCACCGUGUUGUUUUCGGGAAACUCUGCCCCUACGUCUUUGCGGUCAGAACCCAAGCAGUUAGGUAAAAGAUGCGGCAUUCAAGACGCUGCCGGCGAUCCCAAUGCCAGCGAUGAUGUGGUAACCACUCCACCCUCAACUGAGAGCAAAAAAGUAGGUGACAGCUCUUCUACCGGCUCACUUCUACCCAGCAGUGCCUGUAGGUUUUCAAAUUUCGCGGAGCUUAAGCACCCUUGCAUGCUAACCACAGUUAAUCUUGGUGGCGUACCGCUAUCAACAUUAUGCACACCUCUUUGUUGCCGCAACCUUUUCCUAAACCUCCUCUUUUGCUGCCCCCGUUUAAGUGUGCUCGAUCUGUCGGGCACAUUUGACGCGGCUCAGUUACCAGCAGUGGCUAUUCGGCAGAUUCAGUUUGGUAACGAGCAGGUUCUUGCUGACAACGACAUUUUUCAACAGUCUUUUAAUCACGAAGCAGAAAAGUUGGUUGACGCAUCAGUAUUUGCUCUUGAGAAACUAAUGUUUGACAGGCAGGUGUGUGUGGGGAAUAUAAUGUGUGAACUAUUUGCUCACGCAGCGUUGAAUGCGCAGAGGCGGCAUUGCCCUGCUCCAACAGCGUUUCGUAGAUUGAAGGAAAUACACCUGGAAGGUACAGGAAUUUCUGACGCCGCUGUGAAAGGGUUAACCGCCUCCGUACGAACUGUCGUACUGACUGGUGUUUUGGCUGAACUCACGUUACUAAACGUGGCAGACAAUUUUCUCACCUCACGAGGUUGCGUGUGUCUUCUGCACGCGUUUGUAAUAGAGUGGCCAUUGUCCGUCUCGUCGGUGGAAGUUGUGUCGCUGCAACAAAGUAGGGGUAUCGCUUGUGGCAACAUAAAGGCUUUUGAGGAAGUUAAUCGGGCUGCAUUGAAUGCCGUUAAACGAAGGAAGGAGGAGCAAAGGAGGAAAAGUCAUGUACCCUCGCUACUCGUUCAUUUUGGGGCGUAUGGGGCAGCUGUGCAGACUCGUUCAAGUAACGAGGAAAUCACGCUGAAGGGACCCCGUACAGAUUGGAAGGGUGCAACCAUCAGUCACAUGUGUGAUCGCGCACCGAAGCCGGCGGCAAAACGCGUUUGCAGAUCGUUAGGCACAUCAAUUGGAAUUAUCGUAUCGUCUUCACAGUGCGAUGAACAACAUCAGGAGCAGCUGCACACGGAAAAGUUUCUCUCAGAGACGCUACUUUAUGCACAUCAGUUGGAUAGUGUUGCUUCUAUGGAGUUACGUACUGCGCGUGUUGACGAAUACGCGGAUGUGGGUGAGGCACAACAGUGGACCCCACGGUGUUUGCACACGGAGUCGUCGCUUUUGCAACGGUUGAUUGCAGACGGUUCGCCUCCGGAGAACAUGUGGUUCAGUACGUAUAAUGGCCCACCGCAACAUGAGGAUAGUGAGGUGCAGUGCCGCUCGUGUGCCUCGCAGGUGACUGUGUUACCGUCCUCUCUCGGUGUUGAGUUUGGCCACCUCUUAGGGUCACGGGAAGUGACGCAUGAUCAGGACAGUGGAUUUCUCAGCAAGGAAUCUGUAGCAUCACUAAAUGACCAAAGCGGAGGAGACGACAACGAUAAACGGCAGGGGCGCGGAGUCACUGAGUCCGGUGGAGUCGUUCACGUUAGUUCUCAACUGAUACCCGAAGGAGGCGACAUAUUGCCGCACUUCCACUCACCAACUCGGCAUGCGGAGCCGCCUCAUGGAACCACAACCACUGCACUACAAGCGAAGAAAAAGCGCACAAUACCUAAUCGAGUGGGCAGGAGUUCAUCGACUCUCCAGAGAAAGCUAAAGUUCCGCAACAAACGGAAUAUCAUUAUGCGAUAUUACCAUCGGGCAGGUGACACGAUAUGCCGCGGCUGGACGUUGCUGCGGCGUGACGAUGCAGUUGGUGAGCACGCGCGUGCGCGUCUUGAGAAAGAUCUUUUGAUGUGCCUCCAACCACCAGAUGGAUACUGCGACGAUGCGGUAGUCGAGUCUGUUACGUUACUUGUCGAUACCUCGUCGUCCCGCUCUCCAACUGACGACGACAAAACGAGCUGUGACAGCGGCUAUAUCAAUGCGGAGGGGAAUACCAGCAGACUGCUCGUUGUGUCGAAUGAGAGUCGGUCCACGUUAGAAAAACGUUUGCGUAGUUGUGUUAGCCAAGUCGAUGGAGGUACCGCCUUCCCUCGGUUCACGAAGGUAAUGCAGGUAUAUGGUGUAGACAUGGUUGAGGUGGCUCGAGGCGUCUUGAAUGCCGCUCCUUCUCACCGCCGGGCAUACCUAGGUUCCGUAACAGCGGAAUCGUUUGUCCAUACUCACCACGGACGGGAAGACCAAUUGCUGGAGGACCUGAACGACCUGCUUGUUGGUGCUGCUGAUAUGCCCGACGAGGAACAGUGUGCCGUUACCUCACCUAUUUCUUCUUCUGCUAGGGGGCGGUUGAAACUGAAAACCGGGGAAGCACAAAUAUCUGGGGGUUCCGUUUGCUUUUCUGCGGAGGAGGCCUCACUCUCAAAUAUGGAAGGUGCUGUUUCCGGUGAGAGGAUCAGGAAGAGGGCAAAAGGCAGUAAAGGAAGAGAUGAGGAGGGAGAAACGUUGCAUAGUAAUCAUGGUUUGUCUAACGGGCAAAUAAAUGUCAAACCUGCUAGCACGCUGCCGAAAAAAACGGUAGCGGAGGGAGCGAUACCACAUCCCAUAGAACCUGUACCGCCCUCCCUUGAUAUGUCUCCCAGGAGCGUAUCUUCGGGUCUUCAUGGCGUUAACGCGGAGGGAGAGCGCUCUGUUCGUUCGCCUUCCUCGCCUUCUGGGAGGACGAAGGCACAUCUUUUUGUUUUACCACACCGGGAAGGGAGUAUUCUUUGCUGCGGUUGGAGGUUACUGAGCCGCUCCGACAAGGUUGGGGAGAUGGCGAGACGUGAGCUGGAGGCUGACGUGCUGUCGUUCCUGCAAGACACCCUGGAAGGCAAGGCUAACCCCAAUCUAAGCAACGGGAACGAAGGAGCAGGAGCCAAACUUUCUUUGAGGACUGAGCGUUCGUCAUCGGCUGUAAUAUCUGUACGCAUGGUGUUUGAUAGUUCACCUCCUGGUAUGCAGCUGCGCGUGGUAACGAGUUUUCCCCAUGCGGCGGUAUCGAGCGGACUGGUGGACCUGCAGCAGAAGGAAGGCGAAGCGGCGUUCCCACGCUUUGCAGGCAUGUUUAGCACCAAGGCGACAUAUAACACGGUUUCAUCUAUUGAGAAGCAUUUGCAGCAGCGUGACACAACCGGGCAGGUGCGUCCACGCGUUCUGGAGAAGUACCGUACGAUAAGUGCGCUGGUACAUUGUUUCCAUGACGAUGAAGAUGGACUGUUAAUGGAAUUAAUGCUUCCGGGUUUGAAGAGUUUGGAUGCAUUUGUCGAGGCCCCAUCAACAGCAGCAAAGGCACAAGAACGUACCCGAAAGGACUCGGGAAAGACAACCAAAGGUACGAUAAGUGAAGACAUCCACCCUAGUUUACCGCAUGCAGACAAGGAAGUUGAAAGCACGAAGAAACCCAGAAGGUCGGGUGAAGGUGUGGACAUGGGGGCAAGAGAACCCGCGGAAAGUCGCAGGGUACCCCGGAUUGAACUCAUGAACCACGCACUAGCGGUUGGCCCCCAGAAGGCGCCCGUCGCUACCGCUCAGUCCGCUGCGAACAACGAGGCUUCACCCCCCUCUACAAUCUCUUCGCUGUCUUCUUCUGUGAAUAGGCAGUUUGACUUGGUGUCACAACUUCCAAACGAGGCAAACGGUGCCCCCAGUGUCGCUCAAGAUAGCACAGAGGAUAAUGACGAGAGUAUUGCCACCAGCAUGGAGUCAGUUUUCGCUGAAAAGCUCCGUCGUUUACAAUACCUCUCCUACAAUGCGAUUGCACACGGUGCCCUUCUCUUGGACAGGCGACAACGACACAAGAACCGCAUAUGCAAAGGUAAAUGGGGGCGUGUGUGUGUGACAGUUGCUGUGGAAUGGGACGUUUUCCUUGUUGUGUACUUUGUGAAGCACUCUGCCUUUCGUGUCUCCUCUCGUAAAUCCCUUGUGCUUGUGCACCCCAUUGCGAGCGGUGUAAGGUGUUCUGUCGAAGUUGGAGGGAAUGCGGCCAACGACACGCACACCAGUGGCAACGAUGUGGUUAUUCAUGUAGAGCGGCACUACGACCCAGAGACUUUGGGCCUCACCACUUCCGAGCUGGAGCAGCGGCUGCAACAACUGAUAUUGACCACUGUACGGAAGAAGGAAGGAGCACCUUCCAUGUGCAGCAACCGUAACUCACAGAUGAAUAUGGCAGCGGGUGAAAACAGUGUGAUAAGUCGACAUUCAUCCAUCUCGGCCGUAGGCAGUGCGGAGCACAGCAAUGGUUCAAUGUUUUUAACAUUGAUGCCGACGGCAGCUCAGCUUCUGAAUCGCCAAGUGACAAUGCGUGUCACAUUGAAGAGCGCAGCGAAGGCGCGUAGAGCUGUCACCGCCAUUCACGAGGCGGGAGAACGUGCGGUUUCAAUGAUUCGCGACACAAUAAAUGAACAAAGACGACAAGCUGCUGCUGCGGCUGCUCGUUCCCUACAUACGUAA